UUUCUCUCUCUCAUCACUCUUCAUCACCCAUUCUCCUCACAAUCAAUCAAAUCUCUCUCCAAGAAACCAUAAAAAUAUUCCUUCAUAAAACUUCAAGAAAAACCAAAGUUAACAAACACUACCAUUUGUUCUUCUUUAUCAAUUUUCUUGAUCAAGAUUCAAUCUUUCUUCACACCCAAGAUUUUCUUGGCCCAAAACACUUCAUUUCACUUCAACCCCAUAUCACAUUUACAAAGAAAAGAUCAUUUUUUUAUUAUAAAAAAAAAAAAAAAAAAACUGUGCUAAAAAAUCAAGAUUUGUAUGUUUGAUGAAUAUGAAGUUAUCUUCAUCAUCACAUAUGGAUAAUAUCCCAUCAACACCAGGCAAAUUCAAGAUGGAAAAAACCUAUAGAUACAGAUGGCAAUAUGCAUCUUUUGCAAAACUUACAUUUUGGACUAUUAUAUUCUUGGGUUUAAUCCUUGUUUUCUUCUUCAAAUCACCACCAAACUCAUCAUCAUCAUCAUCGUCAAUGGCAUCAGAAGAUCUUUCAAGAAGAUCAUUAAAGACUCAAUCUUGGGGAGGACCCGGAUGGGAAAAACGGGUCAAAUCAUCUGCCAAGAUCCGAACAACAAAUGGGUUAUCAGUGUUAGUCACCGGAGCAGCAGGGUUCGUCGGAACUCAUGUCAGCGCCGCCUUGAAACGCCGUGGAGAUGGUGUGUUGGGGAUUGACAAUUUCAACAAUUAUUAUGACCCUUCUUUGAAAAGAGCUAGGCAAGCAUUGUUGGAAAGAAGUGGGAUAUAUAUCGUUGAAGGCGAUAUAAACGACAUCGUUUUGGUAACGAAAUUAUUUGAAUUAGUCCCUUUUACUCAUGUUAUGCAUUUAGCUGCACAGGCUGGUGUUAGAUAUGCAAUGCAGAAUCCUAGUUCUUAUGUUCAUAGUAAUAUUGCUGGUUUAGUUAAUCUUUUAGAAGUUUGUAAAAAUGCUAAUCCACAGCCUGCAAUUGUUUGGGCAUCAUCUAGUAGUGUUUAUGGACUAAAUACUAAGACACCCUUUUCCGAAAAAGAUAGGACUGAUCAGCCUGCUAGUUUAUAUGCUGCCACAAAAAAAGCCGGUGAAGAGAUUGCGCAUACGUAUAAUCAUAUAUAUGGAUUGUCUUUAACUGGUUUGAGGUUCUUUACUGUUUACGGACCUUGGGGUAGGCCGGAUAUGGCUUAUUUCUUUUUUACUAGGGAUAUUUUGAAAGGAAAGUCGAUACAAAUCUUUGAAGGUGCUAAUCAUGGUACGGUGGCUCGUGAUUUUACUUACAUUGAUGAUAUCGUGAAAGGUUGUUUGGGUGCUUUGGAUACUGCUGAAAAGAGUACAGGAAGUGGCGGGAAGAAGAAAGGGAAUGCGCAGUUGAGGGUUUUUAAUUUGGGGAAUACUUCACCGGUUCCUGUAUCAGAUCUUGUUAGUAUUUUGGAAAGAUUGUUGAAAGUGAAGGCGAAAAGGACUGUGAUGAAGUUGCCUAGAAAUGGUGAUGUUCCGUUUACACAUGCGAAUAUUAGUUAUGCUAGAAAGGAGUUUGGAUAUAAGCCCACAACAGAUCUUCAAACGGGUUUGAAGAAGUUUGUGAGGUGGUAUGUUAGUUACUAUGGUCCUGGGAAGAAGAACGAUCAUUGAAUGCUCAUGCACGUGGAUUAAAAUUUCAAAAGAUUUGGUAAAGGUAUUAUCAAAUACUUGAAUUUGGUAUUCACAUGAUUGAUUAUGUUCAUCUUUGUGAUCUUUGUUUUCAUAUAUCGUAAUGAUGAUAAGGAGAGUUAAAAAAGGAAGAAAUCCCACGAUGAAGAAUUGAUUUUUGUGAUAUGUACCGAAAGAGAGUAAGAAUAUGUGUUUUCUUUUUACUUGUGGAAAUGUAAUUGUUGUAGCUUCAUUAUUGUAGAAUUCAUGGCUAAGAGAAGAAAUUUGCUUCAUUUGGUGGGAGUUGUAUCAUUUAUGGAAUUCAAAUAAAUAGAACACAAUAGUUUGAGAUUUUUUGUUCAGAUUUGACUUCAAAUAAUGGAUCAUGGAUGUUAUCAGUUUGUUGAUUCGA